CACUGCUCCCGUGUUUCAGGUAUAGGAUCGUCACGAGUCAUUAGCCGGUCCCUCUUCCUUGAACAGCAUAUAGACCGGCUUCCCAUAUUGAGAUGCGGUACAGAUCGCUGAGAGCAACCUAUAUUGAAGACCACACUCCUUGCUCCUAUCUUGACCACACGGGAUCAUGGCGGCCAUCUCGAAGUUGAUAGCUUGGAGCUCCAUGCUAGUCCUCGCUCAAUCUACUAGGAUAGAGCGCCGAUGGAACAACUCCAUUGGACUUACUCCACACAUGGGCUGGAGUAGCUGGAACGUCGCGCAAUGUGAUUCUGCAUCGGAGAAAUACGCUUUGGACACCGCAAACCGGUUUGUCGAGCUGGGUUUAAAAGACCUCGGAUACACUUACAUUAACAUUGAUGACUGCUGGUCAACUAAAGAAAGGGACGGGGAAGGCAACCUUGUUCCUGACCCUACCAAAUGGCCUAACGGAAUCCGCGCUGUAGUAGAUCAAAUCCACGACAUGGGGCUGAAAUUUGGUCUCUACGGGUGCGCUGGUGAAUUGACCUGCGCCAGCUACCCCGGUUCCCAGGGCCAUGAGGUGCAAGAUGCGCAGCUCCUAGCCUCCUGGGAUAUUGACUUUUGGAAGCACGAUAACUGUUUCACCCCAUGCACUACUGAGCCGCCGCCCCAGACCUGUUGGGAAGAUUCCGUGGACACCAGGCCAUGGUAUGUGACAAUGCACGAUGCGCUCCAGAGUGUAUCUGAUACAAAGGCGAUCUUGUUCAAUAUGUGCCAGUGGGGUAGGAAUGAGGUGUGGACUUGGGGGGCUCCGUUAGGCCACUCUUGGCGCAUUGAGGGCGACAACUGGGGAGACUGGGAAUCGGUGAUUAGAAUCGGUGCCAGGGCAUCGGAUAUCUCUGAGUUUUCGGGUCCGGGGGGCUUCAAUGACCUUGACAUGCUAUUUGUGGGUAAUGGGGUGUUAACAGAGCCCCAAGAGCGACUGCAUUUUGGGCUCUGGGCAAUUACUAAGUCGCCCCUCGUCAUUGGAGCUGAUCUGAAUACCAUUCCGGAGACAUCGCUGGCUAUCCUGACCAACAAGGAUAUUAUUGAUAUCAAUCAAGAUGAACUUGGCAUCGCUGCAGGCAUCUUCCAGCCCCCAAGCGCCCCUGCACCGGUCGCUGGCGAAAUAUAUCCGUACUGGGCUGGGCGAGUGAGUGACGGCGUAGUGAUUGCAUUCGCUGCCGCCAGCGGUGGGGGGGAAUUUUCAGUCAACUUUGUUGAUGUACCAGGGCUCCAGUCGGGUCCCUAUGAGUGGAAGGAGCUGUAUUCUGGAGAGACUGGUACUGGCGAGGGAAUCACUUUUGAUGUGGCAGAUGACGACUUUGCUAUCUUCAAGGUCACGACUGCUUGAAUUAUGCAUACUGGUAGCAUAGUCCUUAAGUCUGGGAGAAUCGGGUGUCUGUUGGUAAUCCCCGCCCGCUAAUAGCUUAUGCUGGAUUAGAAACGGGAAACUAGAUUAGGGAUUAACUUUAUUAAGAAUACACCCUCCUGCUGUUGAUUCUUAC